AAAACAUCGGGAUGCCUUAAGGGUGUAGUGGAACAUGUGCUUCUGAAAGUUAACAAUGCAGUCUCUAUAUAUUUGUGCCUUGUUUUUGACAAUUGGUAUUACUGGAGUAUUUUCCCAAGGUCAGAUGAUAUUAACGUCUAGUUGCUGCACUCUCACUACUGGAUCAUGUCGGUCUGCCUGCGAAGAGAUUUCCCUAGUCGAUUUGGCAACUAGCAGUGAAGAUAGGUGGAAAUAUAUUACGAAGCUAAGCUCUUUUUGCUCAAAUAUGUUGGUUCCUUUUUGGUCUUGUAUGAAUCAAACUUUAUCGGAAAUUGAUAAAGGUCAAGGAUUCUUCGGAAGACCCUGCUGCACCUUACCACAGUCACAAGCCUGCAUCAUGGUGUGUCUUCAGGCAAAAGAAAGGGAAGAAUUGAUGACUGUCUGCAGACCGAGCGAUGAAAUAACAUUCUACACUUGCCUCGAAAGACAGGAAGUUGGACAGCAGUGUUGCGGAAAAGCCGGAAAACCAGAAUGUUCAAGUGCCUGUAAAGAACUAUUUUCCAGUACUACAGAGCCAUCUGUUCAGCUACGUACUUACGUCACAAAUAUGUGUUCACAUGAUAACCCUGCCGUUUCCAAGUGUGUCCAGAAUUAUACUCUUAUCACCCAGGCUGAGGAUCCAACGCGAAAUCUUCACUGCUGUGAUAAAUCAUCGAGCGUGGAUUGUCGUUUAGCAUGUCGAAAUAUUCUCAGGACGCAGACGAUCGGACAGGAAAUUGUCGACAAUUUAAUAGACGGCGGUUGUGGCUUACCUAUGCCUCAUGACAAACUGUGGCAAUGUUUUCUAACGAACGCAGAUUCCGUAAAAUCAGAACCGAAAGAUGUCUCACCCGUGGACAACUUAGGAAUGGAUAGCGCCAAACUCCAGUGCUGUUUCCGAGCCGCCACUCUUACCUGCCAAAGGCUUUGCAUACAAACAUAUAGCAACGAAUGGGAGCUAACUUGGGGUGAGUUCGAUCGUCAGUGUCAGUAUCAAUUAGCCGAGUCGAGCAUGUUAAGAUGCUUAGCUGAAGUGGAGGAACCUUGCGAGCUGGGCUGCGAGGGCCUCAGCUAUUGCACCAACUUUAACCACCGUCCGACCGAAUUAUUCCGAAAUUGCAACGCCCGCACGGACCAGGCAGCUAGGCAUGAUGUUGACCUCUGGCACCAGGGCAUCAUCCGCAUGCCCAGCGUGGACAUCCCGGUCCUGGACAUCGCCCAAUGCUCACCGGACACAUGGAAGGCCAUUGCAUGUGCCUUACAGAUCAAGCCAUGCCAAACUAGGGCACACACCAACAUGAUAUGCAGAUCGGACUGUAUGAAUCUUUUAAGCAACUGCGUAGACCGCAGUCGAUUGUUGGAAGGACAAUCACCAUCCACACUUUGCGACGUUCUUUCCCCUCCAGGAAUCAACUCACCCUGCAUAUCCCUGACACCAUAUCUAAGUGAAAGCAAGUACGAACAUGACCCAGCGGAUGUCACACAGCCCUGCAAAACAAACAUCUGUGGCAAAAAUGAGGUUUGUCUGGUUAACAAAAGCUGCAACGAUGGAGAUGCCUGCUUACCAUCCAUUUGUGUUCCUGGUUGCAGACUUGGGGCCGUAUCUCAGCUGGUCGUACCUGGAGGCACGUACGCUCUUGUUCCUAGGCUGUAUAGGGGCAAGCAUUGCAAUUCCGUGUGCCACUGCAAUAAACAAGGUUUUAUAGAGAAUUGCGUUGGAAUGCCGUGCAUCAGCAAGGGUCAUUGCAACGUUCUUGGAAAAGAAAUUCCUCAUGAAGGUCAAUACCAUGGCAACUGCACCAUCUGUUUCUGUUUCGCUGGUGAAUUACGGUGUGCAAGUACUUGUUCACUUAACUCAACUUCUGGUGAUGAACUUGUCUCUGGACCGGUGUGCACAUGUUCAACUAUACCCUCUCCUGUGUGUGGAGUAAAUGGCAAAACAUACAUUAACUCAUGUGUAGCAAGGUGUGCUGGUUUAAAAGAAUCUCAGUUCCAUCCUGGCUCUUGUUCUGAUGUGGACCCUUGUCGAGACAACAGCUGUGGUCAUAAGAAAAAAUGUGUGCCCAAAAAACAAGUUUGUCUUAGUCUGAAAAAACCUUGUCCUCAACAUAUAUGCGUGAGUAAAGAACAAUGCGAGGACAAGCCAUACUCGCCAGUCUGUGAUACAGAUAACGACGAACAUCCAAAUGCGUGUUUGUUGUUGCAGAAGAAGAGGAAAAUCGCCUACUUCGGUAAAUGCUUGGAAAAUUGCCAGAGGAAGGGUAAAGUGUGUGGUCACGAUGGACAAGAAUAUGUCAGUGAAUGUGCUGCCUGGGGUGUUAAAAUGUCAAUCGAUUACAGAGGACCCUGUAUUCACCUCGAGUCUGGACCUCAUGAUGACAGAAACAGAUGUUCCAAAGUCGUUUGUCAACCUCUUCCGUCAGAACACUGCAAUGGAAUCAAGCCACCAAAUUCUUGCUGCGCUUUCUGCGGUGCAACAUUGAAGUUGGUUUACAGUCAGCGAUUGCUCGACCAAGUUGUAGAUGCCAUUCCUACCAUCGAUCCCACCACAAUAUCCACCAUCUCUCGAAAAUUACAAGAACAUAUCAAAACUGCCGAAUGCGACAUAAGUACUUAUCUUGACAAUGACUCGUCCAUUGUAGCCCUCAUCUACCCAAACACUCUCCACCCAUCAAAACUGCAGAUUGAGGCUUGCAUCAAGGAGGCCACCAAACUGCAGUUCCUGGUGGAACAAAGAAGUCCCACUCUUGUUACAGAGUUUCCUAUGUCCGCCUUGAUUGGUGGAGUCUUCAUGGAGCCAGCAUCAGUGGAGGAAAGUUCGAACUCUGUGACAUUGUGUCAAGUCUGUCUUCAGAUGAUGUACCUUCUGCUGUUGGUUGUGCUCUUGAAGAAUGACAACGUGACUUGAUUUCUUUUGAGUAACUGUUAUCAUCUGAUGGUGCAGAAUCAUAACGGUGAAUCUGUUCUUCCUAAACGUAUUACCAGAAACAGUUACUUGAACAUUAGGUUUAUCUGUUUCAUAAACCGUAAUUUAAGAACAUUAGUUGACAAUGUGACUUAAUUCCUUGUGAGUUACUAUUAUCAUCCGAUGAAGCAGAAUCAUAAAGGUGAAUAUGUUCUUCCUAAACGUAUUGCCAGAAGCAGAUAAUGGGACAUGAGACUUAAUCGAAAUCUGUAAGGGGAUCUUUAACAGGAUUCUUACAGAUUGAAUCCAUGCUAAGGAUGUUUGACUGUUCCCUACCAACACUGUGAUACUAAAGUGCAACUUUUUUAUGUCAUUUUCUAUGUCCAACUCGGUGAUCUAAAUAAUUUUAAAGACAUUAUUUCUUGUGAAACUCCUCUUACAACCUGAUAAUAUACAUUGCAAUAUGUCUGGGACAGAUAAUGUAUAGUAUUAAUUAGGGACAUAUAAUUCUCUCAUCAUUCAUCAAAACUCACAGAAAUGAAAUAUCUCAUAUUCAUUCAUACAAGUAACAGAUUGAGAUGACCUGAAAGAAUCAUUAAAUACUUAAAUUUAUAUAAAUCUGAAAAAAUAUGAGGUACUACUUAAAUUGUAAUUGCUGUGAAAUUUGCUAUCUUUUAUUCCAAAAUUAUUGUUUUUAAUUAUCUGUUUUGUUCCUAUUUCCAAGGACAGUUAAAUUUAAAUCCUUGUGCUCAUUUACUAAACAUAGCAUUUUUAGUAUAGAGACUCUCAACAGUCAGGAGCAGUGUGAUCUAAUCAAGAGUUAAUGGAUACAAUCUUCAUUCAGCCAACUUAUUCAUCAUAAGUUUCAAGGCUAAUAAAUGGAAAUCAUAAAAAAAUAACCCUAUUAUUACUAUCAUCAUUUUUCAUUUGUUUUUAAAUAGACAAUGGCUAUGUUUACUGCAAAAAUAUUUCUCAAAAAUUACUCAAUUUUUCUAGGAUUUAAUAUUUUAUAUAGCAAAGCUUCAAGUGUUUUUAUUAUCAUGUCAAAAUAUUAUUAUUAAAAACAAUUAUUAAACUGAAGAUACACAAAUUUAAUCCAAAAUACUUUAACUUUUGCAGUACAAAUUGAACUUUAAAAUGGUUUGUAUAUACAGAUGACUGAAAUUACUUUUUUCCACAGGAUUUUCUAAAGGUAUCAGUGCUGCACUUAUAAAAGUUCCUAUGACAUAUUCUUAAUUGAACUGUAAAUACAUUUUCAAAAUAGAAGGCGUAGGAAAUUUAAAAAGCUAAAAUGUAUAAAAUGUUCAUUUGAACAAUUGAGGAUACUUAAUGUUUUGAUAGAUAAGACAAAAAAGAAAUGAAUUACAAGAAUGGUAUACAUUCAAGCUCGCUUAUUGGAAUACCAGAUAAUAGAACAUCCCACUUAAUGUAAUAAAUUUUUAAUGUACCAAACCCCUGUAAUUUUUCAUUUUGAUCUUGGGUAAUGGAAUAUCCUGGUUAUUUGAAUAAUUUUUCGUGGCAAAUUAGCUAUUCCAUUAAACAGACUCCACUGUAGUAGUAAGCAAAGCUAAGAGAAAAAAAUAUAUAUAUUCAACAUGUUGGUGUACAUACCUGCUACAAUUUAUAGUUAAAUAAUGGAUGUGUUAUGAUUUUUGUUUUCACCCUGUAUUAAACAUAACAUUGCAUUCUUGUGAAUAAUUUAUCAAUUUUUCCUAUUUGAAAUGAAUUAACUCCUAUUUGAGGAUAACCUUGUUCCUUGUAUGAAUACAAAAUUAAAAAAGAAUGUAAGAAGGUUAGUCGUAAAGUAAAGUCUGAUUUCUUAUAAAAAAUAAACACAUUUUUUUUUCCCAAAAACUUUUAUUUAAUUCCUUACAUGUUUCUCUAUUUUUCUACAUAGUACCAUAUUUGUUUAAACUUUUGUCAUAACGUUCUACAAGCUUUUGUAUGCCUAAGUCAUAGAAGUCUGCUGGCUUUGACGAUUACCAGUCUUGAACUGUUUCUUUCACCUCCUCAUCUGUGGCGAAACGCUUGCCGCUGAGAAACUCCUUUAGGUAGCGGAAUAAGUGAAAAUCACUCGGCAGCAAGUCAGAACUGUACUGUGGCUGGUCGAUCUGUUCCCAUCCAAAAGAUCUGAUCAGUAUUUGAGUGUGAAUAGCAGAAUGGGGUCUGGCAUUGUCAUGCAGUAACAAAACCCCAGACGACAGAAGUCCACGUCACUUAUUAUGUUUUGUGCGUCUAAGUCAAAAACCAAAUCACCGACUGUAUUUCACACUUAGCAGGCCGAUCAAUUGUUUUAAACAUUUUAAACUGACAAUGUACAAAGAACACUGCAUCAAUACAAAUGCAAAUGGCGUCGUCUGAAGAACAAGGCAUGCCGGGGUCAAUAGGCAUGUGCGUUUCAAUAUAGGUGCGACAUUCAAUUGAAUACGGUAAUUCGGACCUUACUUUACGGAUUACACUCGUAUGUAUGUAUGUGUGCGUGUUUGUCACUUAAGGAAACAAGUUUGGCUACAUAAGGAGUCACGACAUAUAUGAGGAUCUACAUGACUGAACGUUUCAAUUAUACAAUAUAAUUUAAUGAUUAAAUAAGUUAUGAGAAUAUAUUUAUUACAGAAAGAAAUGUAGCUGCUAAUGAAUAAAAAAUGGAUAAUUGUAGGUAAUCACCAUCGCAAUAUACCAACAUCCCAGUUAUCCCAUCUAGAGACUGCAAUUUCAUCCUUGUUAUCCACUCAUCCAGUCUGGAAUAAGGAAUAAAUGAGUUGGAGGCAGAUGUCAUCUCACUUAACCUGCCUUCAGCUUGGUUAUUCCCUAUUCCAGACUGAUGAGUUCAUAACAAGGACAAAACUGCAGUCACUAGGAUGGGAUAGCCGGGCUAUCGGUAUAUUACAUGCAGUCCUGUCUUAGUCCUGGCUCAGGGGCAGUAACCUACUGUUCAACCAUUGUUUACAAGGUUAUAAAUUAUAGUUCAUUCAAUGUUAGCAUAUGUAAAUAAUUCAACCGACAUUAUGGAGCUUUUUACAUAAUAUAAAAUAGAUCCUUUGUAAAUAUUUAUUUGUCUACAACAAAAGAGAACUGCUAAUACUGUGUGAGUGCAUUUCUUUCUUGCAUGUUAUGCUAACAGAAUUUAUAUUUGAUUUCACAUGUUAAGAACAUAUUUCUUGAGAUCAUUUAUCCCAUAAUGUAAGGUAUUUUAAAUACCUCAGUUUUUCACCAUUUAACAUGCUAGUAUUCCUACCAAAGAAAGUGCUUUAUGUUUUGGAAGUGUAUUUUCAUAGAAUUUUGUACAAUGUUAUGCAUACUAAUUUAAGACUUUUUAUUGUAAAAUUUUUAUGUGUUUAUAAAGUGUUUUCAACCAUAC